AUGACAAAAACAAGCUACUCAUUUAUGAUAAAAUGUGUUUGUUUUAUUUUCUUUUUAUAUGUUAUACAAUGCAUAGAUAAUAAAAAACCAUAUUUCAUAAAUAAUUUUGUGACCUACAAAAGGUACGGAGCAAAUAAGAUACCACACAAAUAUAACAAUUAUUAUUCUUAUAAAUUAAAAGACGACCAAAUAAAUAAUGGAGGUAUUUUUUUAAAGUAUAAAAAUAUAAAGGAAUAUAAAACAAAACAGUCUAUACAUAUAUUAAAGGCACAUAAAAUAGAUCAAAAAGAAAUAAAAAGAAGGAAAAAUUAUCAAUAUGCAAUGAAACAUAUGUAUGAUAAGAACGGACGACGAAUUAAAGAUAUAAAUAAGGAAAGAAAAUCUUUAAAAAAAAAAAAUAUUUUUGAUUACGAGGGUUUUAAAGUUGAUAAAAUAUUUACAUGUUUAUCUGAUGAAGAUAUGGAAGAAUUAAGAGAUGAAGAACUAAAAAGAAAAUCUGGAGAAAUCCUACACAAUAAUAAAUAUAUAGAUACAUAUGGUGUUGAGUCUGAUACAAACUUAGAUCAAAUUUAA